AUGAGGGGUUUCCUCCACCUGGCGGUGGUCAUGGCUGCAAACUUCACUGCUCAGCCCGAUGCCGACGACUCUUGGAUAAAAAUCCGUUUCUGGCCCGGAAGUUAUGCCGAGCCGGAACCCACUCCCGAACCCAUCGUUGAGGAAGACCGUGGCGUGGGAUCGCGCCCGGUCAUCGAGUUCCUCAGGGAUUGGCUGGGAGGGUGGACUCUCCUCGAGUCGGAGCCCAACCCGGCUGGAGUGCCCUCGGGGGAGGGUCAUUCCGAAAAGUCGGAGGAUGCCAGCGAUCACUGGUUUGUGACGUUCUGGCUGAACCUUCUUUUUAAAGUCGCGGACACCGGUUUUGUUUACUGCGCUUCUGUUGGCUACGCGGCCAAGUGGGCCUACUGGCUUGCGGUGGCGGUAGUGGGGGUCUUUUGCCUCCAGCUGGCCGUUUGGACAAUUAGUUGGGUGGUCAUACCCGUUCUUAGGCCGAAGUGGAAGGGCCCUGCCACCGGGACCCCUUGGACGGCACAGUAUGUGCAACAGGAAGUUCGAGGAGGUCGACCUUCAGAAGGUAGCGGGCAAGGGGGCCUUAGCCCGGUGCUGGACAGAGAGCUUGCCGCUUUGCCCUUUGCUGUUGCCUGCGGCGAGCUUCUCGCCCGGGCAAUGGCAGUGCAGGUAGACGGGACCUUCACGACGAUUCGGAGACUGAAUCAGAAGGGGGAGAAGGGGACCGAUUGCAGCUGCGGACCACCCAUCCGCCUACUGCAACCGGACGAGCGCACGAGCUGCACAGAGGACUUGAUGUGUAAAAACGAUGGGUACUACUUCCGCGCAUGCCAAAGGCACCGGGAUAUGUACGAAGCGUCCCGAGCCAAGAGAGCCUGCGCGGUAGAGGGCUGCAACAACGCCGCCAGAAGUGUGCUCAAAGGGGUGCGCCUGUGCAAGCUCCAUUCGGCUAAGGAAGAGAGGGGGCCGAAACCUCAGGGCGAGGCUAAAGGCCCCCGCGCUGUCGGGGACGUUGUUAAGGAAGCAGACAAGGAGGAGGCCUUGUGCCGUUUACGGUCCCAGCCCCGGUUCGGCGUUGCUACCGCUGCUCCACCUCAGGUGAGCGCAGCGCUGCUCUUUCCACAAAGGGAGGCCAGCAGGGCGACGACCAGCGACAGCGCGUCAGCGGUGCCUCUGCCGGACGGCCUCGUGUCAGCACUGAGGCCCUCGCGGGCAGGUGCGUUCACGGAGCCAGAGACGCGCCCCACUGAUGACACCGCAAGGGCAUUGCAGACGAUUGCAAAGACUCUCAGUGCCCGUGACGAGUCGUCCUCCCACGAUAAGGGGAAAUUAGCAAGCAUCGGCCGCCCCGGAAGAAAGACUCGUGUUCAUCGUUAG